CGUUGACAAGGAAGUAUUCAUUAAUCUGAAUAUAGUAGUAUUCAAAAUGGCCUACUCAAUGUCAUUAGGAAAAGGACAGGCUCCAGUCCCAUGCCAAUUCUGUGAAAACGAGAGAAAAAUUACAAACAAAUGUCUGAACUGCAACUUAUUAAUGUGUGAAAACUGUUCUGUAAAACUGCACGCAAAGGUAAAAGGAGCUGACGACCACACGAUCGUUAAUAUUAGAAGUUUGGGACCCCAACAUUCUUUAGAAUUCAAGGAUUUUAGCAGGAUAAACUGUAGGAAACAUCCAAUACAAACAGCUUGUUUAUUCUGUACCACUUGCGAUCAAUCAGUUUGUCCGACCUGUGUUUUGAAAGUACAUAAGAAACACAAUAUAGAAGAAUUUCAAAAUGUAUAUGAACUUAAAGUCGAACGAUUGCACUGCGGACAAGGGAAAGUAGAAAAAGACAACACGGAAUUAGAGCGGAGAUUCAAAAAUCUAGAUGACUUUAAAACAGUGGAAAACAUAAGACUUUCAAACAUACGAGAAAAUAUUCUUGACCGAGCUACACUUAUAAAAAGUGAAAUCGAUGAAUAUGUGAGUAAACUCAUUACUGAAGUCGAUGAAGAGAAUACAAAAUUUUACAUUACAGUUCAUACUGAACAAAGUAAAAUAGAUGACACCAAGAAAAAGUUGAAUGCUCAUAGACAAAAGGCACAAGAGAUGAAAGAUACACCUGAUAUGACUGAGUUCUUUGCUAAGAUAACGGAUGUCACGCAAACGAUGGAGAAGUGUUUACCACCAUCUUGUUCAAUUACCAGUGGAGAACUAAUGUUUCUUCCACGAUCAGAAUUUAAACCAAAUGUAGUAGGUGUACUUCAACACGAAAAUAUAAACCGUGAACUUGAACCUAAGAUGAAAAUAACAAAGAAGUAUGUCACCGAAGAACGUGUUGUUCAGUUUCUUACCGAAGGCCCUGAUAAUUCAUUGUGGUACAGUAAUAAUAUUGGCGAACAAGUUCUCAAGAGAGUAAAACCCGGUGUAAAAAACCUUGAAAUCUUAUCAAGAGUUAAUGUGAAGGUUUAUGGUUUGACUUUCAUUCCUGGUUAUGGCUUGAUUCUAUCAACUGAUGGUGAGACACUAAAAAUCAUUCCCGAAGACAGCAAUGAUAUCAUUGAUUCUCGUUUUUCAGUAGAUCCACUUGAACCGAAGUGCAUCCAUUUGACUAAGGACAAUAAGUUAGCAAUCGGUGCAAAAAGCAAAGGACCAAUGUAUCCAUCAUCUGGUCAACGAGUAGUCAUACUCAUGGACAUGGAGGGAAACAGACUUUCAACAUUUGAGUUUAACAAAAAAGGGAAACGUUUGCUUACACACCCCUGGGGAAUAGCGAGUACGACCAAUGGAAAUGUUUUCAUUCUGGACAGACUAAGUAGUAAUUGUGAUGGAAGGUUGGUUGUUUUAAACCGAGACGAUGGAAACAUUAUAGAUAUAUACUAUGGCCGGGAAGGAGAAGAUUUCGUUCCAAGAGGAAUAAUGGCAACAGAAAGCGACACCAUUAUCAUAACAGACUGUAAUGAUCCUGAUGUAUCGCUUCAUAUCUUCAAUAUUUCUGGAAAGCUGAUUUCACACUACAAUACUAGGGACAUUGGCAUAGAGCAACCAUUUUCAAUUACUUUUUCAGCCACUGGACAUUUUUACAUCGGGGGAACAACAUUGAGAGAUAGUGGCGAAAAAGCUGAACUGUUUGAGAUCGAUUUGAUUGAAACCUAGUUCUGUCUGCAUUAAAUUCCUUAUUAAAUGAAAUUAAUACUUAACAAUGAAAAAAAUGAUGUUUUGUACAUUUAUUCUCUUUUAUUAGUUCCAGACCAUAUAAUUUUUUUUAAAUUGCACGUAAGGUACGGACCAUUUAAGUAUAUCUAUUAAAUCAUUUAUUCAAAAUAAUUUAAAAGACUAGAACACUCGAAUGAAUGCACACUCUUCUGUAACAAGUAUGAACAAAAGACAAUACAAUGCAUAUUAUAUAAGCCUGUCAAAUGAUAAAGAAAGACUUUUAAAUAAUAUUUUAAGAUUAUUGAUUAAUAAGACUUUAAAAUCAUACAUUGAAAACGUCACGGACAUUAUUCAUAUCCAAAUUUGGUAA